AUGUCAAAAAUGGCGGCCAAGUUAAAGAAGCGAUUGUCUAAAAUUGAAAAUAAAUUGUUAAAAUUAGAAAAAUUAGAGAUAAAAGACGUUAUUUGUUCCAUUUGUCAGUCUGUGUUGAUAGAACCUGUAACUCUGCCGUGCUAUCAUGAUUUUUGUGAACGUUGCUUUAAUGGUAGUAUUGAAAAUAAUGCUUUGUGUUGUCCCCUAUGUCGAUUGCGGAUUGGUUCUUGGUUACGAAGAGCGACAAAACAAAAGAAUUUAGUAAAUAAGCAGCUGUGGAAUUUUAUAAAAAAUAGAUUUCCUAAGGAAAUAGACAAGAAAUUAAAGGGUGAAGAUGUUGACAUACCUACAGUAAUACCAUUAAUUCGACUAAGUAAACCAGGAGAAAUAAGAUCUGAAUAUGAAGCUGAGCUAAAAAGAUUACAAGCUGAACGUUUGCAGCUUGAACAAAAACAAUUUCAUGAGACCGAGGUUCUAAUAAAAAAACUCCAAGAAGAAGAAGAGCUAGCAUAUAAAAGAUAUUUAGAAAGAUUAAAACAAGAUGAAAUUUUGGCAAAGCAGUUGCAACAGGAAAAUGAAAUAGCUGAUGUUUCUAAUAUGUCAAAAAAUAAUGUUAUAAAAUUUCCUUCUACACAGCAUAAAUUAAAACCUACUACUAUAGAUAGCUAUUUAUCUAAAUCCACACUCCAAGCUAUAAUUACCAAACACAGCCCAUUAAUGACUGAUGACAAUACAAGCACAGAUGUGACAACCCCUAUAAUAUCAAAUAGUUCAAAUAGUAGUCGGCUUUCCCCAGAAAUAUUGCCCAAUUAUGGGAAAAUUUUGAAAAAUAUUAUCGACAGAAAAACUAGAAAUAGACCGAGUACAUGGAACAAAGAAAAUGGAGAUACUACUCCAAAAGAUAAGAAAGGGCAAGAAAUUAGCAAUAUGGACUUAUCAAAAAAUGAUGAUAAAUGUAAGACGAAAACUGUAGUACAGUCAUUACUUGUUUCUUUGCCACUGCCACAUGCAGGAAUACUUCAAAAGACAAGUUUUCCUGACCAUAAUAAUAUUGAGACAAGUAGUGUUGAUUCUAUGCAUCAAGAAUUAUGCUAUUUCAAACCUAUUGAAGGAACUACACCUACAAGCUUUAAUACUAAUAAAGAUCUGCCACUGCGUGUCCCAUGUAUAAGAGUUGAUAAAGAAAAGAUGGAAAUAUCUAACUCUGAAUCACAUCCAAGUCGGGAGCAAUAUUUGGAAGGUCUAUGUCAACUGCGUGAUUUAUCUUUGACUCACAAGUUACCUUCUGCGUUUGUUAUAGCCCUUAGCUUAUUGAAAACCAAACAGGAAAAUUCUAAGAAAUGUACAGCAAAUACAAGAUCUAAGGCUAAGAAAAGUUCUGCUACCAAUUCAAAUAUUGUAACGCCAUUAUCAUCAAAACGGACUGUAGGUAGAUACAAACAAAUAGAAAUGGUUGACGGUGUCACUAAGCUAAAUAAGAAAACAACUUUGAGACGUACUAGAUCAAUGGACAGUAUCCAUAAAAACGAAAAUGAGAUUACACCCAAGAAAAAAGUUAAAGAGAGAAAAUUUUAUUCUGAUAGAAAACCAUAUUUGAGGAGCGAUUCUAAAAGAAUGCACCUAAAAAUGGAGUCAUGUAGUCCACCUUCAUGUACUGAAACCAUAAAUAAUAAUAAGGUAAAUUUAGCUGUAAAAAACUUGUCUAGUCCAUUAGAAAAUUGUGAUGUUAAAAAUAUUUUGCGAGAGCAACUUAGGAUUGAAAAAAUUAUUGAGCAAGAAAAGAUUGAUUUUGAGUUGGCGUGCAAGGUGGAUGCCGAGUGGAAUGGACGGCGCGCCGCUACCAAGCGCCAAGUCAGUCUGACCCACGCUGUUAGACCUGCCAAGAAACUCAAAGUU